CUGGCCACAGACUUCCAUUCCCAUCCCAUUCCAUUCCAUUCCAUUCCUCUACAACAGACCAGAGAGAGCUAUAGACAGAGAGAGAGAGAGAGACGCUGAGAUCGGAUCAGAGAGAGGAUCUGCUUGCUGGUUUGGAUCCCUGGGUGAUGGCGGCGGUGAUGGAGUCGGCGGUAUCCGGCGGAGGCGGCGGGGAGGGGGCGGAGGCGGCGGGGAGGGUGCGGAAGCCCUACACCAUCACCAAGUCCCGCGAGAGCUGGACCGACCCGGAGCACGACAAGUUCAUCGAGGCGCUCCUCCUGUUCGAUCGUGAUUGGAGAAAGAUCGAGGCGUUUGUUGGAUCCAAGACAGUGAUACAGAUCAGGAGCCAUGCACAGAAGUACUUCUUGAAGGUUCAAAAGAAUGGGACAGGUGAACAUCUGCCACCGCCUAGGCCGAAAAGGAAGGCGGCACACCCGUACCCACAUAAUAAAGCCUCAAAAAAAGCCCCUGAAGUUGACUUACCACAACAACCUCCUCAUAUCGUGGAGCAAGGAUGCGUUGUACCUAUGGAUGCACCUACUGUUGCUACAAACUCAAGUGCAGACGACACAUUUCCUUCCUGGGACAAUGUUCUUACCCAACCUUAUAGCCCAAGACAUACACAAGAUUUAGGCGCUGCGAAUAAUAGCUCUAGUAGCAUAGAGUGCCAAUCUGGAACUUGGCCAACUUCUGAUGCGAUUGAGCAAGAAGCUUGGCUAACUUCUGAUGCGACUGAGCAAGAGAUUAUACUUCCAGCACUGCAUGCCAUGCCAGACUUUGCUCAAGUAUACAAUUUUCUUGGGGGCGUAUUUGAUCCAGAUACAACAGGACAUUUGCAGAAGUUGAGAGAGAUGGAUCCUAUAGAUGCUGAAACAGUACUACAACUGAUGAAAAAUCUAUCGGUAAACCUGUCUGGUCCGGACUUUGAGACACAUCUGAGCAUACAGCAUCCCUGACUGUUGCAGAGGAGGAUGCUCUCGUCGCAUGGUGCCGGCAUGGGCUAAGCCAAGCACGAGAGUGUAGGAGGUCCGGGGUCUACUCAGACCCCCUUCACGAUCCAUUCAUGGUAAAAGAGCAAAUGAGGGAAGAGUGCAGUACAUUGUUGUCAGAGGUGCGACAUGUUGCAGCAUCGCCGCCUAUGGUUGUACAUAGUUGUUUCGAGAUGUUCUCGGGCUCUUUAGGUUCGGGAACUUUUAUCUGUCCGUCAGACGAGGCUUGUGGCAUGUAUAGUCAGGACAUGGUUGCGCAUGUUGAUUUGGAGAGGGAAGAGGGAAAGUGUUAUUUGUUACCCACGAAGGAAGACCAUUUUUUUGUGUGUAGUUCUUUUUGACAUGAUUUUGUUUGUAAGCCUAUUAUUUACUCCUUCCGUUCCUAAAUAUAAGUUCUUUUAGAUA